AUGGCAGACGUAGAUAUGACUGAUGCCCCAUCUGGGUCAACGGCGCCAGUCAAAAAGGCAACUGGGAAAUCCAAGGCUUCUGGAGGAGAUGGUGCUGAUGGAAAGAAGCGUUUUGAGGUCAAGAAGUGGAACGCCGUCGCUUUGUGGGCUUGGGACAUUGUUGUAGAUAACUGCGCGAUCUGCAGAAACCAUAUCAUGGACUUGUGUAUUGAAUGCCAGGCAAAUCAAGCAUCGGCGACGAGCGAAGAGUGUACCGUUGCCAUGCUUUCCAUUUCCACUGCAUCUCUCGAUGGCUUAAGACGCGUCAAGUGUGCCCGCUGGACAACAGAGAUUGGGAAUUCCAGAAGUAUGGUCGAUAAAGGACAGGCAGAUGGAUGA